CGGGUUGUUUGUAGUGUUGCGCCCUUUACAUGACGUCAGAUGCUUGUUCUCGGCUCUGCGGCUUGCCGUAGGAGUCUUAUCAGGGGAAGCAAAAUGUCUGCGAGACUGAUGGCGCUGCCGCUCGCCGGCUCCGGGCUGAUGGGGGUGAUGGUCGGGACUGUGUUCGCUGCCGGGGAAGGGAAGAGUAAAAGCUCAGGGACACUUUUCAGGAUCGAUGAGUUGCCAUCUUUGUAUACUACGCCAGAGCCACAGUCCAGAUACACUGACCCCGAGCCAGGCCAGCUGGAGCACGGUGUUGCAGCCCUGAGAGAAAUGGUGGAGCCGUACACCAGCCAGCUCCAGAAAACCAGUCUUUCUGCCAGGGGGAAAGUGGAGGAGGUUUAUAAAACAGUGGAGCCCACCGUGAAUGGUACCAUCAGGACAGUCAAAGAUGUAUACCAGUAUCUGAGCGACCCACCCCCUGAGCUCUACCCCAGUGUAGGAGUGGUCGGAUUCUCUGGCUUCCUGGGGCUCUUCCUGGCCAAAGGUUCCAAGGUGAAGCGGCUGGUGUUUCCAGUCAGCUUGAUGGCUUUGACUGCAUCCAUGUUCUAUCCUCAACAGGCUGCUAACCUAUUCAAGGGGAGCAGGGACUCUGUGCUGGGCUGGGGGCGGCAGGGGCGGACCACCCUGGAGGAGCUCUGGAAGGAGCCCCCCUUCCUGAAGAAGAAGACGGAGAAGAAGGAGAAGCCAAUUGAGGAGAAGGACGCCCCAUCCAGCUGAGGGGGACAUGCACAAACACAUACACACACACGCGCCAAUAUUGGUGCACACACACAGACACAGACACACACACACGCCUGAUGGAACUGUCCUUAAUUUUAGUGAUUUCAUGUCUCACUCAAACAAGUGUUUGGGAAUGUUAAUAAUAAUAUAUUCGCCAAAUCUUGGCAGGCUGCUUGUGUCCGCCGUAGGGAAAUUAGAGGGACGGUAGCUGUUGCUGAUGUGUCGUUUGUCUUUGAGUUGAAACACAUUUCUUGGUGAUGUUAUUCCCAUCACUGCCAUGUUGCACUAACCCCCGCACCCUUUUUUGUCAUGUUUUUGUUGUGGGAAUGCCACUAUUGAUGCAUCACCAUGAGACCGUACACAGUAGAGGACGGGCCGACUGCCCGCGCCUCCGCUGGUUGCAUUACGUUGAAUGUAAACUAAGUUAAAGUCUGUGUAAUUAUCUGUUAAUCUAUUAUGAGGACAUAUAUGGCCUACUACAGCCCCCCCUCCCACUCCCCAAAUACACUGUUGCCAAAUCAUG